AUGGGGGUGCUGCGAGCGCUCCGAGGUGGGGACCGGCACCGCGCUCAGCACCACGCCUGCCAGCACGCUGGUUUCUUCACUUGUGUAGGUGCCCAGUCGGGACCUGCGCGUGGUGAGGACGGUGGCAAGGCGGCCGGGUCUGUCCCUGUGGCCAUCGCUACCUUUGCCACCGUGGUGACUUCUCUGUUGAACCGGCUGCAAGACGCCGAGGGCAGCAGAGCGGAGACCUACCGCGAGCUGGAGAGCGUCUUGUGGGGCGACGAGAGCCAUCUGCAGAGCUCUGAGGUGGACAGAGUGAUAGCAGUGGCGUUGGAGGACCUGCGAGCGGCCCAGGGUGGGACGGCCUCCGUGAGGACGGCGGCUAGUGAUGUCCUGGUGGCGCUGGCCCGCUCCCACUUGUGCGACGUGGUGUCGGCGCUGCAGGGCCACCUGAAGGCCCUGGAGGAGACGUCGGAGGAGUUUGUCCUCAUCACCCUGCGCAACCUCGCCACACGCUACGCCCUGCAGUGCGUGCCCUUCGCGGCAACGACACUGUCAGCCCUGCGCGGCGUGCUGAGCGAGGUGGGGAGCGGCCGGAUGCUGUGUGCCGUCUGCGGCGUUCUGGAGCAGUGGUGCAGCGGCAUAAGCAUGUACUUCCGCGAGGGGGAGAAAGGUGCCUUCCCUCGCCUGGGGCCUGCCCAGCUCUGUGCCCACAUUUACCCGCUCUUCUGCUACGUGAGCAGAAAGCGGCGGUGCUGCGAGGAGGAAGAGGUCAAGCAGGCUGUGCUCAGGGCGAUGGGUGCCAUGAUGGGUGUCCUCCUGCACGUGGAGGAGCACCGUGAGCACGCCUGGGAGCAUCUCCUCUGGCUGCUGCACCAGUAUCGGGAAGUCUGGGACCCCUUUGGGGUGACCGUGAGUCUCGGCUAUUUCCUGGGGGCUGUGGCAGACAUUCAGACCCGCGUGCCCCGGGCCAGGCAUCUGGCCAUCGCCACUGCUGUGCACCAGCAGCUCUGCGAUGAGAUGGAGCCGCCCAGCCCAGAGCACAGAGCAGAGCUGUGCCGCUGCAUGGUGCUGCAGGCCCGAAUUUGCCCGGAGGAGACCAUCGAGUUCCUCUACUACAAGCUGAGGAACGGGAGCAAGGCCGAUCGCGUGGCAGCCGUGGCAGUGCUGCAAGCUCUGGUCCGCUCUGACGCCCCAGACACGAGGGAGAAGCUGCCCCUGUUUGCGAAGCUGGUGCAGUCCGUGUGCCAUGACCCCGCGGCCCAGGUGAGGAGGGCAGUGCUGCAUUUCAUUGGGGAGCUGCUGCGCUCCAGUGCCCUGGGCUGCUCGGCGUGGGACGUGGUGGGGCACCUCUUCAGCGAGUUCAGCCGGGCCUCGGGCAGACUGGCAAUGGGAAACCUUAGCAUGGUGAAAGCGCGGGAAGAAAGGGCUGUUCAGAGCCUGUGCGCCCACGUGCUGGGCACACUGGAUGUCUCUGCCGGAGCGGUGGCCAAACUCCUGUGGCCGAAGCUGCUGUGGUACGUGGUGCCAGCCAAGUACACGGGCAUGUUGGUCCCGCUCUGCCGCUGCCUGCGCAGCCUGGCCGAGAGACGGGACAGGGCAGAGCAGGAGCAAGAGGAGGCGGCGCCUGAGGCCCUGGAGUCUGAGGAGCCAGGUGGGGAGCAGAAAGUGGUGGCGGCAGUGGCUCCACACGCGGGCGGUGGCCGUGGAGCCGCGGCCCUGCAGCUGCUGCAGGCGCUCCCCAGCACGAUCCACGGAGCCGUGGGGGCGAAGUGGGCCGCAGACAUCCCCCUGCUGCUGCAGCACCUGGCAGGAACAACAGCGAGCUCCCUGGACGUGGCCGAGUGGGAGAGCCUUCUGCUGAAGUUCCUGCAAACCUCUCUGGAGCUCAUUGCGAGCGAGGCCUGGACCGUGGGCCUGAGCCAGGAGCUGAGCCGGCAGCUGGGCAGCUCUCCCCGCCUGUCCUGGGAGAAGCGGUUCCUGUACAAGGCUCUCGGCACGGCCCUGGCAGCUUGUGGGUGUCUCCACCACGUGCAGGAGCAGACCUUGGAGCACCUGAAAGCAGCCAACUUCCUGGAGCUGUGGCAGGCGCAGGGCAUGGUUUCAGUUGUGUCCCGCUGUGCCGAGAGCCACUUCCAGCUGGCCUUGUCCUUGGUGAAGGAGUUCACGGGGACUUUGAAACGCAAGAAGAGCAAGGCAAGAAGGACCCGCGCUACUCGCGCUGCGCUGCUGGUGAUGUACGGCCGGAUGGCGCUGCGCGCCCCCAGGGAGCAGCUGCUCGCCCGUGUCGAGAGAGACGUGGUGGCGAAUGUCCUGCAGCUCUACCGAGAGGGCUGCCAGGAUGCGCAGCUGAAGCUCUCCCUGGUGCAGAGCGUCACUGAGAUCAGCCUUGCCAUCCAGGCUGCAGGCGCCGGCCCCAGGUUUGAGCUCUGCUGCAAGCGGGAGCUGCUGCAGACCCUGCUGGAGGUGAUUCAGGAAGAGCCCCAGGAGUCCCCGGUGCACCCCCGGGCCCUCAUGGCCAUGCAGCAGUUGAGCAAGCUGAAGCCCCGUCUGAGCAGGGAGGAAAACUGCCACCUCCUGGCUCAGUGCUGCCAGGGCAUCGUGUGCCUUCGUCGCCCGGAGCAGAUGGACAGGAGAGGGCAGACGGCGGUUGCUGCUUCAUGCCCACCGGGUGUGCAGGCGCCGUCCCUGCGAGCGCUGGGCCAGCUCAUGGGAGCCCUUCUCUGGGCAGAGCUGGCCCCCAUCCGCUUCGAGGACAUGGUGCAGGUCCUGCGGCGCUGGCUCACCUCGGCCCACGCAUGCGAGCGGGAGAGGGCCCUGCAGGUGUGCGUGCAGGUGCUGGGCUCUUAUGAAGAGAGAUGCGAGCACAGGCGAGGCCGUGCCUGCGAGUGGUUCGGCUCCCUGGCGGGACUGCUGGGGCCUCUGACGUGUGACACGUCGGCCGCGUCCCGCUGGUGGGCAGUGACCUGCCUCGGCCACCUGCUCCGAACAGGAGCCGAGAACACAGACGUGGCGCCCUGGACCAACGAGAUCGGGCGCCUGCGUGAGAGGCUCAGUGCCGUCACCUCUGAGUCUCUGCUGGCCACCUCCACCAACAUCGCGAAGGCCCGUGUGCGCGUGGGCCGCUGA